AUGACGUCUAUGGCAGGUCGGCUGGCCCGUCAGCAGGAGAGGGAAAACGGUGUGGGAACCAACGAGCAGGCGGUAAAGUUCCUCCAGCAGAACUAUGAAACGCUGCUUCAGGGCUGUCUGGAGUCCGGGAAGCUGUUCCAGGACCCCUCCUUCCCAGCAGAGAGCAAGUCUCUAGGGUUCAAAGAGCUGGGGAAGUACUCUUCCAAGACCAGGGGACUGGUGUGGAAGAGACCCACGGAGUUGUGCUCAAACCCGAAAUUCAUUGACGAUGGAGCCACCAGGACUGAUAUCUGCCAAGGAGAUCUGGGUGACUGUUGGCUGCUGGCUGCUAUUGCAUCACUGACCCUGGACGAGAGCGUGCUGGCUAGGGUCGUUCCUCCUGAACAGAGCUUCACUGACCGCUACGCUGGCAUCUUUCACUUCCAGUUCUGGCAGUUUGGUGAGUGGGUGGACGUGGUGAUUGACGACCGGCUGCCAACGAAGGAUGGAAAGCUGCUGUUUGUUCACUCAGCCGAGGGCUCUGAGUUCUGGAGCGCCCUGCUGGAGAAGGCCUACGCCAAGGUGAAUGGAUGCUAUGAGUCUCUGUCAGGUGGCUCCACCAUUGAGGGUUUUGAGGACUUCACAGGAGGGAUAGCAGAGAUAUACCAGUUGGACAAAGCUCCUCCUCACCUCUUCAAGAUCAUGGAGAAGGCUCUGGGGCUGGGCUCUCUACUGGGCUGUUCCAUUGAUAUCACCAAUUCCUAUGAGACAGAGGCAGUGACAGCUCUUAAACUGGUGAAGGGACACGCAUACUCUGUCACUGGUGCUGAAGAGGUCCAUCUCCAUAGAGACCCGGUCCAGCUGAUUCGCAUCAGGAACCCCUGGGGACAGGUGGAGUGGACUGGGCCCUGGAGUGAUGGGUCCAGUGAAUGGAAAUAUGUCCGUCCCGAUGAGAAGCUGAAGCUGGAUCAUGUUGCUGAGGACGGGGAGUUCUGGAUGUCCUAUUCAGACUUUAUGCGUCAGUUCUCCAAGCUGGAGAUCUGUAACCUAACUCCGGACACACUGACCAAUGACGAGGUGGGCCGCUGGAACCACUGCCAGUACAAAGGCAUGUGGAGGGUAGGGUCUACCGCUGGAGGCUGCAGGAACCAUCCAGCCACGUUCUGCUCCAACCCCCAGUUUCUGGUGUGUCUGGAGGAUGUGGACGAUGACCCUCUGGAUGGUGUGGAUGGAUGCACUUUCCUGGUGGGCCUGAUGCAGAAAGAUGGACGGCGCAACCGCCAGAUGGGAGAAGACCUCAGUGCCGUCGGGUUCGCCAUCUACGCGGUUCCUAAUGAGUAUAAGGGUCAAUCUAACAUCCACCUGGGACCAGACGUGCUGCUGAGACAGAAACCCGUGGCCAUGAGCAGCACCUUCAUUAACACCAGAGAGGUGUGUGACCGUUUAUGCCUUCCCCCCGGGGAGUAUGUUAUCAUCCCAUCCACCUUCCAGCCUCACAAGAACGGCAGCUUCAUCCUCAGAGUAUUCUCGGAGAAACAGGCUGCCACCAGUGAAAUGGGAUCGGUGGCUGCUGAAGAGGUAAAGGAGAUUAAAGUGGCAGAGAAAGAUGUGGAUCCCAAUUUCAAGCAAAUGUUCAAGCAGAUCGCCGGCAGUGACGGAGAGGUGACUGUCUUCCAACUUGUUGAAAUUCUGAACAAAGUUUUCGCUAAAAGGGCCGAUAUCAAGACAGAAGGUUUCAGUCUUGAAACUGGGCGUCACAUUGUCAGUCUUCUAGAUAAAAAUGGAAAUUCCAAGUUGGGACUGGUUGAAUUCCACAUGCUUUGGAUGAAGAUCCAGAAAUACUUGGAAAUUUUCAAGAGUUACGACUCAGACCGCUCUGGAACUAUGAGUUCACAUGAGAUGAGAGGUGCUCUGACAGAAGCAGGCUUCCACAUCAACAGUGCAGUGCUGCAGGUCAUAGUGACUCGUUAUGCCAGCGCCCACUAUGCCAUUGACUUCCACUGUUUCGUGGACUGUCUCAUCAGAGUUGAAAUGCUCUUCAAGAUGUUUAAAACUCUGGAUACCAACGCCUCUGGGAAGAUUGAGCUGGAUGUGUCCCAAGUAUGUACUUCUACCCCGUCCGAGGCGCCGUCCAAAGACCCCGUCCGAGACCCCGUCCGAGACCCCGUCCAAAGACCCCGUCCAAAUACCCCGUCCGAGAACCCGUCCGAGACCCCGUCCAAGACCCCGUCCAAAGACCCCGUCCAAAGACCCGGUCCAAAGACCCCGUCCGAAGACCCCGUCCGAGACCCCGUCCAAAGACCCCGUCCAAAGACCCCGUCCGAGACCGUGUCCAAAGACCCGGUCCAAAGUCCCCGUUCGAGACCCCGUCUGAUUCUCUGCAAUAAUGGCAAGGCUGUCAACGCCACACCUCUUUCCAGGACUGUACAGGCUCACAUUCCUCCUCCUAACAGAACAGGUUCUAACCUGUCCUCGUCAGCAAACUAA